AUGCCCAACCGCGAUCCCCCGUGUAAGAGUGAGGUGGAGGAGGACAUUCCAGUCCAUGUGACCACAGAUCUAUCAUAUAAUCCACCUAAUCAAGAGGAACCUUCCCCUGAGCUAUCACAGAUUGUUACCACAAGUACUGGGAAGAAAGCUGGUGCAACGUUUCAAUGUGGGGAAUGUGGGAAACAGUUUAGAUAUAGUGCAAGUCUUUCUGUACACAGAAGAUGUCACACAGGAGAGAAGCCAUAUUCAUGUUCAGAAUGUGGGAAAUGUUUUAGACACAAAUCACAUCUUGUGAUACAUGAGAAAAGACACACAGGAGAGAAGCCAUAUUCAUGUUCAGAAUGCGGGAAAUUGUUUAUAAGAAAAGCAGAUCUUUUCUAUCAUGAGCGAGUCCACACAGGAGAGAAGCCAUAUUCAUGUUCAGAAUGCGGGAAAUGCUUUAGAAGCAAAUCGGAACUUGUUGUACAUCACAGAAUUCACACAGGAGUGAAGCCAUAUUUUUGUUCAGAAUGUGGGAAAUGUUUUAGAUAUGUAUCAAAUCUUGUGAAUCAUAAGAGAGUUCACACAGGGGAGAAGCCGUAUUCAUGUUCAGAGUGUGGAAAAUGUUUUACAAAGAAAGUGUAUCUUGUUAUACAUGAGAGAAUUCACACAGGAGAGAAGCUAUAUUCAUGUUUACAAUGUGGUAAAGGCUUUAUAAAGAAAUCAUGUCUUGUUACACAUAAGGUAAUUCACACUAAAGAGAAGCUAUAUUCAUGUUCAGAUUGUGGGAAAUGCUUUACAUAUAAAUCUGAGUUUUUAAGCCACAAGAGAAUUCACACAGGAGAGAAGCCAUAUCCAUGUACAGUAUGUGGGAAAUGCUUUAAAAGUAAAUCAAAUCUUGUUAAACAUGAAAGACUUCACACAGGAGAGAAGCCGUAUUCAUGUUCUAAUUGUGGGAAAUGUUUUGCAACUAAAUCAGAUCUUUUAAAACAUGAAAGAAUUCACACAGGAGGGAAGCCAUAUUCAUGUUUAGAAUGUGGGAAGUGUUUUAGAACCAAAACGUAUCUUGUUAAUCAUGAAAGAAUUCAUACAGGAGAGAAGCCAUAUUCAUGUUCUAAUUGUGGGAAAUGUUCUGCAACUAAAUCAGAUCUUUUAAAACAUGAAAGAAUUCACACGGGAGAGAAGCCAUAUUCAUGUUCUAAUUGUGGGAAAUGUUUUGCAACUAAAUCAGAUCUUUUAAAACAUGAAAGAAUUCACACAGGAGAGAAGCCGUAUUCAUGUUCAGAAUGUGGGAAGUGUUUUAGAACCAAAACGUAUCUUGUUAAUCAUGAAAGAAUUCACACAGGAGAGAAGCCAUAUUCAUGUUCCAAUUGUGGAAAAUGUUUUGAAACUAAAUCGGAUCUUUUAAAACAUGAAACAGUUCACACAGGAGAGAAGCCGCAUUCAUGUUCUAAUUGUGGGAAAUGUUUUGCAACUAAAUCAGAUCUUUUAAAACAUGAAAGAAUUCACACAGAAGAGAAGCCGUAUUCAUGUUCAGAAUGUGGGAAGUGUUUUAAAACUAAAGCAUAUCUUGUUAGACAUGAGAGAAGUCACACAGGAGAGAAGCCGUAUUCAUGUUCAGAAUGUAGGAAAUGUUUUAUAUAUAAAUCCCAUCUUGUUAGACAUAAGCGUAGUCACACAGGAGAGAAGCCAUUUUCAUGUUCAGAAUGUGGGAAAUGCUUUACAAAUAAAUUCAAUCUUGUUCUACAUCAGAGAAAUCACACAGGGUAAAACCAUUUUGAUGAUUUGUAUAAGGCCUCAUGCACACGACCGUUGUGUGCAUCCGUU